AUGUUUGUUCUGGGUGCUACAGCCUUCUUCUCUGAGCUGGUGGUGAGCAUCCUGGCUCAGAACAGGUCUAUCUCCUACCCUACAUGCUACCUCCAGGCUCUGCUCAUCCACCUGUACGGAGCUGGCUCCUUAACUAUCCUGACUGCCAUGGCUUAUGACAGGUAUAUCUGCUGUCCAAGAAAGCGAAGAUAUUUUUUGAGUCACAAUAACUUGAUGAAAAUCAUAAUUUUCAUGUGGCUCUUGGUCAUUACACUGACUGUGGUUCUGCUGGCUCUAGUCACUCACUUCAAAAUCUGCAGAACGACAAUAGUGGAUAUGUUUUGUAACAAUCCGUCAUUGGUGAGGCUCAUUUGUGAUGACACACGUAUAAACAACUACUAUGGGUUGUUUAUAACAGCCAUCUUUCAGGAUGUAACGUUGAUAGUGGUUAUAUUUACAUAUAUCCAGAUCCUGCUCACCUAUGUUAUGAAUAAGUCGUCUGAUGCCCGGAGCAAGGCCAUUCAGACAUGUGGUACACAUCUUGUAGUGUUGUUAUUCUUAGAGUUCAACAACUGCUUUAGCUCAUCGAUUUUAGCAUCGAUCAGCUCCUUCUCUGAGAAGGGCUUUGUAGUAUCAGUUAUAAUACAUGGGCUUUAG